UCCACCUUGAUUUCUACUGGCUUUGUCGUAGUCUCAUCAUCAUCAUCAUCACCAUCAUCACCAUCAUAGCCUAGCAUAGCCGUAUCUUCACCCAACCUCUCUCCUCACGCAUCUUCAUCUCUCAUCCUACCUUUGUCCUCGUAACCCCCUAGCAACCCCUAGCCAUGUCCGCUGGACAGUCAUCAGCUGCGCCCGCAAAGCCAUUUCAGACCAAGCUGGUUCUGCUGGGAGAAGCAGCUGUAGGAAAAAGUUCAGUAGUGUUGCGCUUCGUCAGCAACGAGUUCGCGGAGAACAAGGAACCGACAAUCGGUGCUGCCUUCCUGACUCAGAAAUGCCGGCUGGAAGACAAAGUCAUCAAGUUUGAGAUCUGGGACACGGCAGGUCAAGAGCGGUUCCACAGUCUUGCGCCGAUGUACUAUAGAAAUGCCCAAGCCAGCGCCGUUAUCUACGAUGUGACCAAAGCAAGCUCCUUCGAGAAGGCCAAAUCGUGGGUGAAGGAGCUGCAGCGUCAGGCCAACCCCAACAUCAUCAUUGCAUUGGUCGGAAACAAGAUUGAUCUUCUCACCAGCGAGGCCGGAGUAGAGUCGGCUUCGGAGAGCAACCCAGCAUCUUCAGAAGAUGCGGAAGAGGAUGACGAGGAUGACGAGGGCACCGCCACUGCUACAACGGGAGCAGCAGGCGCAAGUGGAGAGACACUGAGAGCAGUAGCCAAGGAGGAGGCAAAGGCAUACGCAGAGGAGAAUGAAUUGCUGUUCUUCGAAACGAGCGCAAAGACUGGAGACGGCGUGAUCGAGGUCUUCACAGAGAUUGCGAAGAAGAUCAAUCCGCAAGACAUCGAGCAACGCGGCGCACCCGACGCAGGUGGAGCAGCAGCCAAUCGUUCAGGUCGAGCGCAAGGCGCUGGCAGCGUCGAUAUUGCCGAUGGGCAAGCCAGUGGCAGGCAAGAUGCCUGCAACUGCUGAGUGCGGGCAACCACCCCAUCACGCCAACUUCUGUCAAAUAUUCUCCCCAGAUUUCGAGUGCUGUUCCCCCGAUCUGACGCCGAAGGUCCUCAGACGUUGCCGACUCUCAUCUUCCGUACAUCUGUAUCUGUUCAUUGUUUCCCAUGUGGGCCUUUAUACAUUCUUUCCUUUCACGCGGACAUGGUGGCAAGGGGUGUUUGAAAGGCAUGGCCUGGGCGUGUGGACGGCUGCAUCCCAACGAAGGCGUCUCUGCCAUUGCCUUUGCUCCCGAACCAUCGAGAUUCCCGUCUCGUGUGACAGCUUCGGCCUACAUCUUGCUCGACUGCAACGUCAGCAAUGCGGCUUCUUUGCACAGACUUGUCAAAAGCCGAUCUAGCAACUCCUGGGCACGGGGACUGCACGUCAGAGAUGGCGACAUUGAACUUGCGGUGACAUUCGAUAAAUCCGAUGCGGGGCU